AUGGCCAUCGGCAUGCGCAACUGCGCGGCCCUGGUCCUGCUGUCCCUGCUCAUGCUGGCGACUGGCGCUUGUGCGGCCCGCAGGAUUGCGACCGCUGACGUGGCGGCGGCUGACGGUUCUCCCCGCCGCCGCGGCGUCGCCAGCCGGCGCAUGAUGCAGGCCGGCGAGGCCGCCGCGCAGCCUGCCAGCAACCUGGCGCAGGCCGCUGAUGCCCAGCAAGCUGCCCAGCAGCCGGCGGUGCAGCAGCCGCAGCAGCAGGCUGCACCGCAGGUCGCACAGCAGCAAGCCACGCUGCAAGCCGCUCAGCAGCAGGCCGCUCAGCAGGCCGCGCAGCAGGCUGCACAGGCGCAGGCACAGCAAGAGGCACAGGCUGCCGCGCAGGCGAAGGCGCAGCAAGAGGCUCAGGCUGCCGCCCAGGCAGCUGCUCAGCAGAAGGCGCAGCAAGAGGCGGCGGCAACUGCUCAGCAGCAGCAGCAGAAGGCGCAGGCCGCCGCUGCCGCCCAGAAGGCGGCGGCUGCAAAGGCCGCGGCUGAGAAGGCGGCGGCUGAGAAGGCCGCGGCUGAGAAGGCCGCGGCUGAGAAGGCCGCAGCGGAGAAGGUCGCAGCGGAGAAGGCGGCGGCUGAGAAGGCGGCGGCCGCCGCCGCCGCCGCGGCUACCGCUGAGAGGCAGCAGGACGCCCAGGACGCGCUGGAGAUCAGCCAGCAGCAGCAGGCGCUGCAGCGGGAGAAGGCGGAGGCUGUGUCGCUUGCGCAGCAGGCGGUGGCCACGCAGAAGCAGGCGGCGCUGGCCAGCGAGGAGCAGGCGGCCCUGCUGCGCUCCUCGCAGCAGCACCUGGCCUCGGCAGAGGCCCAGCAGAAGCUGGCCAUCCAGCACCAGCAGCAGGCCAUCGCCCUGCAGCAGCAGGCCAAGGCGGCCACUGACCCGGCGGCAGAGGCGGCGCUGCGGGCGCAGGCCGACAGCCACGCCGCGCAGUCGGCGGCGCACCAGCAGGAGUCUGCGCAGCACCAGCUGGCGGCACAGCACCUUCAGAAGGCGGCGCAGGAGCAGUCACAGAUUGCGGCGCACCAGCGGGGGGUGCAGACGGAGCUGGCGCAGGCCACGCAGUACCAGCAGAAGGCCGCCGUGUCUGCCGCCAAGGUGGUCGAGGCCGAGGUGGCCGCGAACAAGACCGCCGCAGCCACCGCGGCGGCGGCGGCGGGCCAGGGCCAGCAGCAGCAGCCCGCUGCCCAGCAGCAGCAGCAGCAGACGGAGCAGCCCGCUGCCCAGUCGCCGCCAUCCAAGCAGCAGGAGCAGCCCGCUGUCGUGCCACCCAAGCAGCAGGAGCAGCCCGCUGCCCAGUCGCCGCCACCUAAGCAGCAGGAGCAGCCCGCUGUCGUGCCACCCAAGCAGCAGGAGCAGCCCGCUGCCCAGCAGCAGCAGCAGGAGCAGCAGCAGCAGCAGCCCGCUGCCCAGUCGCCGCCACCUAAGCAGCAGGAGCAGCCCGCUGUCGUGCCACCCAAGCAGCAGGAGCAGCCCGCUGCCCAGCAGCAGCAGCAGGAGCAGCAGCAGCAGCAGCCUGCUGCCCAGUCGCCGCCAGCCAAGCAGCAGCAGAGUGAGACUGCCCAGUCCCCUCCCCCCAAGCAGCAGGAGCCGGCUGCCCAGCUGCCCAAGCCGGCUGCCCCGCAGCAGAACGAAACCGCCCAGGCGGCUGCCCAGCAGCAGAACAACACCGCCCAGGUGGCUGCCCCGCAGCAGAACGAGACCGCCCAGGCGGCUGCCCAGCAGCAGAACGACACCGCGGAGGCGGCCAAGCCCGCCGCGCAGCAGGCGGCGGCCAACGCCAGCGAGGCGCAGCAGACUGGCGCGGCUGGCUCGGCCCAGUAUGUGCCGAUGGAUGUGGGCGUGACCCACACGCUGGGCAGCCCCCACCGCUUUGCGGUGCUGUCCUGGGCGGUGCCCAACGCCUGGGUGCCGCAGCUGCAGGGCUUCCGCCUCUCGCUGUUCCAGGAGACGGCGGCGGCGGGCGAGUAUGCAGCGGUCAACGGCUGGAGCGAUCGCCUGGUGGUGACGCGGUUGGACAGCGCCCACCCCUCGCUGCCGUUCCGCCUCAAGGUAGCCCAGACCAGCGACGGCACCGAGCAGACUUACUUCCGUAUGUCGGUGGCGCUGCGCGGCCCCUUCCCAGACACCUCCCUCGGCGGCGGCACCAACAUGCGCUUCCAGGUCGCCUCGGUGCGCCUCGACGGCACCCAAUCCCUCCCCGCCUCGGCCCUGGCCACAGACGCGCGGCGGAGGCUGCGCCGCCGCGCCUCCAAGUAG